UCUAGAUUGAUCAAUUUGAUUGUUAUCUGUGAAUUAUUAACCUCUUAUGUGUUUUAUAGACAUUAAGGUGUUAUUAUAUAUUUUCUAUAGCCAUUUUGUAAUUUUUAGUUUUUCUUGUUACCGAAACUUGGAAGUUACAGGAUUUUGCUAGCGUCUCCUAUGGCUAUCAUCCUAUAUGAUAAUUGAUAAUUCAUUGAAUUGUGAGUCGUCGGCGGUCAGGCAGGAAAGCGGCAGUGUACUAACGUUCAGGUGCCGGUCAUUACAGCCGGCCACUAGUGUUCUUUCCCAGGAUGAUUCCGGCGUUCCGCUCCUCUCUAAACCCUAACUCUAACCCUAAUCCCAAUUUUCUGCUCCAAUUGAACCCCUCGAGCUUUAUUCCAGCCUCGAAUUCUUCUCCCCACCGUCGUCGCCCUAACAUUUACUCCUGUAGUUACAGUUCUCAAUCACAAGCCAUGACGGUCUCAAACUGCAGCACCGGUUCCGCCGCUUCUCGCCCGGUUCCCAUUUCCACCGCAGCAGACUUCGAAAGCCAAUCAAACCCACAUUCCACUCUCAUGGUCGUGUCUUUCUAUCGCUUUGCGGAUUUCCCUGACCACGCCAAUUUGCGGAAGCCAUUGAAGGAGCUAUGUGAGGAACUGCGGGUUUCAGGUGGUAUCAUUCUUGCACCGGAAGGAAUCAAUGGGAGCAUAUGUGGGACUAGAGAUUCCGUUGGGAAAGUUCUUGCAUUUAUCGAGAAUGAUUCCCGGCUAAAGGGGCUUAGGAAGAUAGAGUCACCUGUUAGUCCAGAGGAGGAGGCUAUCCAUCACGGUCACACCAGCAGCUCUCCUCUUUCUGCAGGGGAAGAUGCACCUUUUCGAUGGGAUCAUGUUAGGGUGAAGUUGAAAAAAGAGAUUGUUUCUCUUGGAAUGCCAGAUGUGUCACCCAUUGAAAGGGUUGGGAAGUACGUGAAGCCAAGGGAAUGGAAUGCAUUGAUUAGCGAUCCAGAUACAGUGGUGAUUGAUGUGAGAAACAACUAUGAAACAAGAAUAGGGAAAUUCAAAGGAGCUGUUGAUCCCUGUACCACAGCAUUUCGGAACUUCCCUUCUUGGGUGGAUGAUCAGUUUGAACUUCCCAAAGCAGACAGCUUGAAGCAGCAAUCAGGUGGCAGUACUGAGUUGAAAACCGAGUGGCCCGAAAGGAAAAAGCCUCCACGGGUUGCUAUGUACUGUACAGGUGGCAUUCGGUGUGAGAAAGCUUCAAGCUUUCUCCUCCAGAAAGGCUUUGAAGAGGUUUAUCAUCUGGAAGGAGGAAUCUUGAAGUACCUCGAGGAGGUUCCAGAACCAGAGAGCCUGUGGGAGGGUGAAUGUUUUGUCUUUGACAAGCGAGUAUCUGUUGAGCACGGUUUGGCACAGGGGACUUUUAAGCUCUGUCAUGGAUGUAAGCAACCAGUGAGUGAUGCAGACAUGGAAACACCAGAGUGGGAACGUGGAGUUACUUGUCCUCACUGCUACUCAUCGAAAUCUGAAGAAGAGAAAGAGAGGGCUCGAGCACGACAAAGGCAGUUUGACGCCUGGGGCAUCAUUGGCGGUCCUGACAAGGGACGACGACCCACAUCAAAGGACGAUGCGAGAGCUAAGAACUCCAACAAGCUUUCCUCUUCAUUGUAAGGCAUUAAAGCUGUAUUUGGUUA